AUGGCACUGAAUCCAGCAUCUUAUAAUGCAGCCGGUGUGAGCACAGGUCCAGCGAGUGAACCCCCACCCCCUACGUCCUCCGAAACCACUGCCGCUUUACUUGAUGCUUCUGAAAACGAUCCUAUGGGGCAGCAUGAGGGUGGGCAAGAUAAGCAAGGUGAAGGUGCUUUAGAGAAGCUGGAGGAGGAAAAGAAGAAGGACAAAGAGUACGAAGGCGGUGGGAAGGAUUGA